AUGCACGGUGAGGCCGAACCUGCCUAUUUCAGCGGCUCCAUGAAUCCCACGUUAAGUUCCAACACCUGCUCCGAGCCCGCCAAGACAUUCCCCUUCACUCUCGACCCCUUUCAGUCCGAAGCCAUCAAUUGCAUCGACAACGGCGAAUCCGUCAUGCUAAAAACACCCCAAUAUCUCUAGCCGAAUUCGGAAUCACCGAUUGUUUUGGUUGAUGCUGUGAUAUGGUAUGAUAGGUGUGUGCUCACACCUCCGCCGGAAAAGCGCGUGAUAUACACUGCCCCAUCAAAGCUCUCAGCACCAAACCAAAAGUACCGGGAGUUCAGAGAGGAGUUUUCCGGUGAUAUCAAUGCUUUCUGCUUGGUAAUGACGACAGAGAUCUGGCGAAGCAUGCAGUACAAAGGAUCCGAGGUGACGCGAGAGGUGGCUUGGAUAGUCUUUGAUGAGGUGCAUUACAUGCGCGAUCUCGAGAGAGGUGUGGUGUGGGAAGAGAGCAUUGUUAUGGCUCCUAAGAAGGCUCGGUUUGCCUUCUCUGCGACUGUUCCCAAUGCCAAGGUCCAUCGCCAGCCUUGCCACAUUGUCAAUACGGAUUACAGGCCCACUCCUCUUCAGCACUAUGUUUUCCCCUCCGGAGGGGAGGGUCUGUUCCUCGUGGUGGAUGAGAAGGGGAAGUUUCGCGAGGACAGCUUUCAGCAGGCUCUUCCUGGCUCCAACGCCGCUAAGAAGAAGGAAAAUGGCAAAUGGCAGAAGGGUCUUGUCAUUGGCAAGGCCAGUGAAGAAAGUGAUAUCUUCAAGAUGGUGAAAAUGAUCAUUCAGCGGCAGUACGACCCUCUCAUUCUUUUCUGUUUUAGCAAAAGGGAAUGUGAAUCACUCGCGAUGCAGAUGGCAAAAUUGGACCUAAACGGGGACAGUGAGAAAGCAAACAUAGAAACCAUCUUCUGGAGUGCUAUGGAUAUCCUUUCGGACGACGAUAAGAAAUUACCCCAGGCUACCACUAUGUUGCCCCUUUUAAUGCGUGGAAUAGGUGUGCAUCAUUCUGGUUUGAUUCCCAUUCUAAAGGAAGUGAUUGAGAUAUUGUUUCAGGAAGGUCUUAUCAAGUGUUUGUUUGCGACAGAGACCUUCAGCAUAGGGUUGAACAUGCCUGCAAAAACUGUUGUAUUUACCAAUGUCCGAAAAUUUGAUGGUAAUAAGUUCAGAUGGAUAACAAGUGGUGAGUACAUACAAAUGAGUGGUCGUGCUGGUCGCCGGGGUAUUGAUAAACGUGGGAUAUGCAUACUCAUGGUAGAUGAAAAGCUAGAGCCAUCCACUGCGAAAAUGAUGCUUAAAGGAAAUGCUGAUAGUUUGAACAGUGCCUUUCAUUUAAGCUACAAUAUGCUUUUGAAUCAAUUGCGCUCUGAAGAUGGUGAUCCAGAAAAUUUGCUUCGUAACUCAUUUUAUCAAUUCCAAGCUGAUCGUGCCAUUCCCAAUUUGGAGAAACAAGCAAAGGAACUUGAACAAGAGAGGGAUUCAGUUAUUAUUGAAGAAGAAAAUAGUGUAAAGAAUUACUACAACCUAGUACAGCAAUACAAGAGUUUAAAGCAGGAUCUUCAUGAGAUUGUGAUUUCUCCCAAGUACUGCUUACCAUUUCUGAAACCUGGUAGGCUUGUAUCAAUUCAAUGCAGUACUGAGGACCACGUCACAUGGGGAGUUAUUCUUAAUUUUCAACGGGUGAAAACUGUUUCCAAAGAUGAUGCAGUUAAGAAACCAGAAGAUUCUAACUACGUAGUGGAUGUUUUAACAAGAUGUGUGGUCAGUACAAAUGGAAUUGCAAAAAGAACUCUCAAAAUUGUUCCUCUUAAAGAACUUGGAGAACCUGUCGUUGCUUCCAUUUCCAUAUCUCAGAUUAAUAGCAUGAGUCGACUUUGUAUGGUCAUACCAAAUGAUCUUUUGUCAUUACAAGCUUGAGAAAACACACUGAAGAAAGUUCUUGAAACUCUUUCAAGAUUUGGGGACAAGAUUCCUCUUCUAGAUCCUGAAGAAGACAUGAAGAUCCAAAGUAGUUCGUACAAAAAAGUGGCUCGAAGGAUUGAGGCUUUAGAGAAUCUGAAGGUUUUUCAUAUGAAGCAGGAAUCAGCUAGGAUCAAGUCAAUUAAGAAAACAAUGCGCUCUUCAACUGCAUUGGCUUUUAAAGAUGAACUUAAGGCACGAAAACGGGUUCAUCGGAGGCUAGGAUAUGUUACACGUGAUGAUGUCGUGGAGUUGAAGGGUAAGGUUGCUUGUGAAAUCAGUAGUGCAGAUGAGUUGACCCUCACAGAGCUCAUGUUCAAUGGCGUUUUUAAGGACAUCAAGGUAGAAGAGUUGGUAUCUCUUCUCUCAUGUUUUGUUUGGCGAGAAAAACUAAAAGAUGCUACAAAACCAAGAGAAGAGCUUGACUUGCUCUUCUUGCAAUUACAAGAAACUGCUAGGAGGGUGGCUGAAGGUCAGCUUGAAUGCAAGGUUGAAAUUGACAUUGAUAGCUUUGUGAGUUCAUUUCGGCCUGAUAUUAUGGAGGCUGCAUAUGAUUGGGCAAAAGGGUCAAAAUUUUACGAGAUAAUGUCAGUUACAGGUUUUGAGGGUAGCUUAAUCAGAGCAAUUAGGAGAUUAGAGGAAGUUCUUCAGCAACUUACAUCAGCCAAUUCUAUUGGAGAAACUGAUCUUGAAUCAAAAUUUGAGGAGGCUGUUUUGAAAAUCAAGAGAGACAUUGUCUGUGCAGCUUCCUUAUACUUGUAA